UCUGAACCUUCUUUCAUUGCUAAAAGUGAAGAUCGUUUGUUUAAGCACUUAUUUGAGGACUACCAGAGGUGGGUUCGGCCUGUGGAACGCUUGAAUGACACCAUCAAAAUCAAGUUUGGCCUUGCCAUCUCUCAGCUAGUAGAUGUGGAUGAGAAAAACCAAUUGAUGACAACAAAUGUAUGGCUGAAACAGGAAUGGAUAGAUGUAAAAUUAAGGUGGAAUCCUGAAGACUAUGCUGGAAUAACAUCUAUUCGUGUCCCAUCAGAAUCUAUUUGGAUUCCUGAUAUUGUGCUGUAUGACAAUGCAGAUGGACGUUUUGAGGGAACAUCUACAAAAACUGUGGUCAAAUAUGAUGGCACCAUUGCUUGGACUCCCCCAGCCAACUAUAAAAGUUCUUGUACUAUUGAUGUAACCUUCUUCCCCUUUGACCUCCAAAACUGCUCAAUGAAGUUUGGUUCCUGGACUUACGAUGGGUCCCAGGUUGACAUCAUUCUUGAAGAUUACGAUGUUGACAAAAGAGACUUUUUUGAUAAUGGAGAAUGGGAAAUAGUGACUGCAACAGGGAGCAAGGGGAACAGGACUGAUGGAUGCUGCUGGUAUCCUUUUGUUACAUAUUCAUUUAUAAUUAGACGUUUACCCCUUUUUUACACUUUGUUUCUCAUUAUUCCUUGCAUCGGGCUCUCAUUUCUGACUGUCCUUGUCUUCUACCUUCCUUCAAACGCAGGGGAAAAGAUUUCCCUUUGCACUUCAGUUCUGGUGUCUUUGACUGUUUUUCUUCUUGUUAUUGAAGAAAUUAUUCCCUCAUCUUCUAAAGUUAUCCCACUUAUAGGAGAGUACUUGGUGUUCACGAUGAUCUUUGUGACCUUGUCCAUCGUGAUAACUGUCUUUGCUAUCAACAUCCACCACCGCUCGUCCUCCACACACAAUGCCAUGGCUCCUUGGGUGCGCAAGAUAUUUCUUCACAAGCUUCCCAAGCUGCUUUGCAUGAGGAGCCAUGUGGAUAGAUACUUUGCUCAGAAGGAAGAAACAGCCAAUAUGAAUGGUUCAGAGUCCUCCAGGAACACCUUGGAAGCAGCUCUUGAUUCCAUCCGCUAUAUUACAAGGCAUGUGAUGAAGGAGAAUGAAGUUCGUGAGGUUGUUGAAGACUGGAAAUACAUUGCUCAGGUACUGGAUCGAAUGUUCUUGUGGGCUUUUCUUCUGGUCUCAGUAAUUGGCUCACUGGUGUUAUUUAUUCCUGUGAUCCAUAAAUGGGCAAGUAUAAUAGUACCUACACAUAUAGGCAGUGCAAAUGCCUAA